GCGCAACUACAUCACCUCCCCUGCCUCCUCCUCACAGCGUUGGUCGCCAUCCAUCCCCUCUCCUCCUCCUGUACCAUAACAGAUGGUGGGAACAACAUUUCAUGCACCGGGCACCACAACAAUAGACCGCAGCAUCCCGUGCACCCCGUUACGGCCUUGCAGCAUCAUGAUCCCGGCGAAGGACUGCAGGAAGCUCUGAGUGCCGUCGUGAAUUGUUUCACGCCGGUACCAGCCAAAACCAUCACCACCACGGCCACGGAGGAACCUUCUUGCCACUGUUUGGGCUCUCCGCCGAGCAAAGGAAGAUGGCCGCUAUGAAAAUAUUAACCAGCGCUGGGCUUUUCUUGGCUUUUUGCGCGCUGGGUCUCCUCGCUAUGGCGAUCUGCACCGACUACUGGUACGAGACCGACGCCAGGAGACACCGAGAGAGGUGCAAAAACUAUGCCAACAAGCGGAACGACCCCGGUUACAUCUACAUUUCAAACCACAACCUCCCCCUCCAGAUGCCUCCAAAAACCGGCCCAGAUGCUGCUCCUCUCGUUAGGGGGAAGCGGCACUUUCUGCCCGCGUCGUCGUCAAUGGAGUCCCACUGCAGCCGACAGUUCAACUCUACCGUCUCCGGGCUUUGGAGGAAAUGUCACCGGGAAGGAUUCGACCUGGAGACCGAGGACCUUAUUUACAAAGGAGUAAUUCAGAGAUGUACCCCAGUCAAGUAUCACUAUUCCUCGUCCAUCCUUCCAAGGAAUUUACCCAUCAACAUCACAAAGACCAUACGUCAGGAUGAGUGGCAUGCUCUCCAUCUAAGAAGAAUGACAGCUGGCUUUGUGGGCAUGGCCGUGUCCAUCAUUCUCUUUGGUUGGAUCAUUGGAGUGCUGGGAUGCUGCCAGCAGCAUGACCUCAUGCAAUAUGUAGCCGGCCUACUCUUUCUCAUGGGAGGAACAUGUUGCAUCAUCUCCUUGUGCACAUGUGUGGCAGGAAUCAACUUCGAGUUGUCCCGCUACCCGCGCUACAUGUACGGCCUCCCUGAAGACAUUAGCCAUGGCUAUGGUUGGUCCAUGUUUUGUGCCUGGGGGGGCCUCGGCCUCACAUUGCUGGCUGGCUUCCUCUGCACUCUGGCUCCCUCCUUGAGCACGCCCGCUCGCACGACAACCCACAAGCCGAGGCAGGAGAACGGAACCGUGUGACAUGAGGUGUCACAAGGAGACUGACCCACCAAACGCACAAAGCACACCUUUCCAUGUUUAACUCUGAAACAGUUCUCGUGUAAUCACCGUAUCACAACACCCUCAACAUGGCCAUAUCCUUUCAGUGUACAGUGUGCCUGAUCUGUGACAAAAACGCAACAAAAUAAAAGGUGAACUUCACACAUCAAACCCCUCGAUGGACCUUCAGGAACAUGAAGAACAACUUGUACAGCAGCUCAUGAGUGGGAAACGGCUUCAAAAAGGCCUCUUUGUUGUUGUUGUUUGUUUUGAUUUCUGAGAUGCAGUUUUCUGGCGCUUUAAAGAGAACAGAUAUCUCUGAAUAGAAUUACUCUUAAAAUGGUGCUCUUUGAAACAAAUAAAGCCACUUACACUCCUACAAAGGAAACACACAUGCAAGCACAUAUCUUCUCAGUUCCUCUGGAGAAAUCCUGAGAGAAAUCCUCAAAAAUGUCAACGAGACAAACGUCAGUCCAGAACAUCCUGAUCUCUGAUCUAUGUCAUUGUUUGUAAUGAAGAAAAAAAAAGGUAUUUUGUUGCUUGUAUCUUAGUGAAAAACACAAACUGGUAUAAAAAAAUUAAUCAGCUGCAUAAGGUUGUAAAAAUAUAACACCGGUGUGAUAUAUCACACUAGAGAAAAUUAACCUCAAACAUGAAAGAAAAUGCAUUUCUAUGUAGAACCACAUGUGUGUGUGAAAUGAAUUUUUUUUUUUUUACUUUUCUCUCCUAAAGGUAAACGAGGUUAAGAAUGAUUUAUAAACCCAAAAGCCAAGUAAAACAAAACAACAAAAAAAACCCAUAAAAAAUAUGACAACAGAGAAGCUGCUGAGCUCUGACCUGAUGUUGACGUUAUUACUCAUGCAGCCCUGUUGCUUGGUGACAGCUUAAUAAUAACCUGACAGAAACCAAGAAGUGGUACAAAGCUAUUAACUAAAGAAUAUAUUUUAGUUUUAUCUUAAUAAUGGCCGCCUUGUUAGUCUUGCAAACUCUGAACACAAGCACAUUAAGCUAUUUCGGAGAACAAGAAAGGCAACGGUGGUUAUCAGUGUAACACCACACUCAUGAUCUCCUAACUUAAUUAUGGAGAUGCUGUAAAGUCAAACAUUGUGAAGAGGGCAAAUAUCUCCAUAUCAUUUGCAGCACAGAAAACAAGCAGGAAACGGGCAGCGGUCCUAAUCAAAUGUACUGCUCCCUUUGCAAUUAGUGACACUCCUGUUAAAGAUCUCUAAAACAUCUUAAAAUAAAUAAUUUAUUAUAGCACCAUCAACUGAAGACUUUCAGAAAAAAAUUAUCUUUAAUUUGUGUACAUUUACACAGCCGGUGGGGGGAGGGAGAAACUUCAUGUUGAGAAAUAAAGUGCUUUUUUUGUCUGUUAUGUAGUUAUUUGUACCCUUAGCAAUUUUUCUGAGACUUGAAAUUUUCAUCUUUGAUUUUGUAUACUAAUUGUUUCCAUAUUUUAAGAUUCAAGCUGCAGGUUGAAUCCUAGCGCUUGUCUUUCUGCAUAAACCUUUCUCCCUGCGAAAGCAAAGGUUCUCCCCAUCUUCACCCCACACUAAAAACAUGCCUGUUGGAUUAAUUGGCUUCUCUAAGAAGCCAAUUAAAACCCUGACAAGAAAAGACAGCGUUCAGACAAUGGAUGGUUUCAGAACUUUUAAUUAGUAAACUGUUCCAUUUACCUGGAAUAUAAAUUUAAUGUGACACCGUCGCACAUUUGAUUUAGCCACCAGGAUGGAUAAGCACCCCAGCUAAUUUUACCGUUAUGCAAAGUAAGGUAGAUGGGUAAAAAAAAAAAAAAAGGAAAAGUCAUUACUAGAGCACUGCAGCAAAUAUUGGCGUCUUGGCUUCUCUGAAUCUGGUUAUUUGAAAAAAAAAAAACAGUCUUUAUUAUUAGAAAUGUAGGGAUGUGCAGUUUUUCAAAUGCUAUCUUGGCUUUUUCUGGAACUGUUCUUAGGGUCAAUAGAUCAAGACUGAACUUUUUAGCUAUAUUCCAGAUGUGUCUGGAAAAAUAAUAACAAUAUGUUUGGAAAAGCCCCUCAUGCUCACUGCUAUACAUAUGCUAUACUUUCCUUUGCAAAUGCUCUUGAAACCUUCCUAGAGUUAAACGGAGUCAUGAACUCUUUGAGAUGCCAGAAAAUUCAUCCAGAGUUUCUAAAGGUUAACGAUUCAAAACAUUUGGCUGAAUCAGGGGACAAAUGAUUCCCCAGGCACAAAAUAGACCUUCUUCAAUGGACUCAUUGUUAAAGAAAACAUCUGAUGAGGUGAAGAAGAGGCAGCUUCAGAGGUUCAGGACUAGAAACAUCCUCUUUCUAUAUGGUGCAAAUACUAUAGGAGAGAAUUAAGUGCUGAUCUACGGUCAAAAAGGGGUUUUGCAGAGUAUUAACAGCAGGGGUGCCGGUGAUUGAACCGCUGAUGAUUCUGUGAAAAACAUUAUUUCUCAACAUGGGUUUUUUUUCUACUAUGGCGAGUUCAUUUAAAAACUCAUUUUGAUUUAUUUUAUGCUUCUUUACCAGAGGUGCCAAAAAAUGUGAAGAGGGUUAUGUACAUUAUAAAUGGAGUUUAUUUAAUUUGUGAUAAAAUAAAAAUCAGAAAUGCAGUGUUUAUUCCAUAAGAGGUUUAAGACUGAGGCUAGGGUUACCUAUCUGACAGUAUCACAGUGUCCCUUCUCAAACUGUAAAAUAUUUUUUUUUCUAUUAAGCAAAAACAACCUUUAUUGUGUACUAACUUUUAACAUGUGAAACUUGCAAAGACAUGGAAAAUAUACUAUCACCCAUGUUUGUUUUAAUUUGUUAUUCGAUCUUUUUUUUUUUUUUUUUUUUUUUU